AUGUACCCUCGGGAUCCUCGGGAAUGCCGUGGGAAGCAGGGGAUGGAUGUGCCCUCGGGAUCCUCGGGAAUGCCGCGGGAAGCAGGGCGUGGAUGUGCCCUCGGGAUCCUCGGGAAUGCCGCGGGAAGCAGGGGAUGGAUGUGCCCUCGGGAUCCUCGGGAAUGCCGCGGGAAGCAGAGUGGAUGCGCCCUCGGGAUCCUCGGGAAUGCCGUGCCCGCAGAACGAGCCCGCAGUCCCGAAGGCCGCGCCCAAACCCCUGCCCUGGCCGGAAUUUUGGGGGGGUUUAACCCCUUUUUCAGGUGGGCAGAGCGGGGAGUCCUCGGGAUCGGGCAGGAGGAACCCGGGGGGGACCUCUGGGACCCCCUUCUCAUCCUCAGGGAGGAAUUCUGGGGGACAAUCCGGGAUAUCACCCCUCGGGAUCCCCAUUUCACCCUCCCCAAGGCUCCGGGGACGGAGCUGUUCCCCUCAGGGAGGAAUUCUGGGGGCCAAUCCCAAUCAUUCCUUGGGAUCCCCACCUCCAUCCUCGCUGUGGGAUGGGAUUGUUCCCCUCAGGGAGGAAUUCUGGGGGACAGUCUGGGACAUCAUCCCCCGGGAUCCCCAUUUUCACCCUCCCCAAGCCCUUGGGGGAUGGAAUUGUUCCCCUCAGGGAGGAAUUCUGGGGGACAAUCUGGGACAUCACCCCUCGGGAUCCCCUUUUUCUCCCUCCCCAAGCCCUUGGGGAUGGAAUUGUUCCCCUCAGGGAGGUAUUUUGGGGACAAAUCGGGACAUUACAACACCUCUGCACCCUUCUCCUCCACACCCCUUCCCCCCUCUCUCCCCAGCACCGGGAUGAUCCCGGAAUUCCCGCAGCGCAUCCCGGGGGGAGCAAACCCACCCCCAGCACCGCACGAGGGGAGCAAAACCUCCCUCCUUUUCCACCUCAAAACGGGAUUUUUCACCCCAAAACCCCGAGGGGGGGACACAAACACACAAGGAGGGACCUCCCGAGGUACCCGAUCCCAGACGGGGAGUUCAUCCCAACCCCGCACCGGUUUAUCCAUGGAAAUGAUCCCCGUCUGCAGGGCGGGAAUUCCCUCCUGCUCCGAGGGGAUCGUGCCCACCCCACACACCGGGAAGGAUUCCCAGGUUCUGGGAGCGCCGGGAGAAAUAAAGGAUGGGACAGAGAAAGGAUUCCCUGGUUCUCGGCACCGCCUCGGAUCCUUCCCUGCGGGAGCGGGAGAGGGGGAUCCGAUCCCUGGGAUAUCGGGAACACCUGGGAUCCUGGGAACACCUGGGAUUCCUCCCUCGGGGAUGGGAGAGGAUGAUCCUGGUCCCCUGGGGUCCUGGGAACACCUGGGAUCCUUCCUUAGGGGCUGGGAGAGGAUGAUCCCGGUGGUGGUGGCAGGGUGGUCCACGGUGUGGUCGGUCCAGUGGCCUGGGCAGGAUGCCGUCGCCGGCUCCAUCAACACCCUGGCAAAGUGA